AUUCUAUUAGUCUUGCGUCAUGAAUAAUCCAUGGUUAGGAAAUCACUUUGACAAGUGGGAUAGUCAACAAGCGUUGUAAGAUCGUGAACUUCUAUUUUCUAAUAAUAUAUUUUCUGUCUACAAGCAAAAUAAGGCGAGUUCUACGUGAAGAGCUCGGCCGUACUUUAAAAUGAACGCUAGAAUAGUAGCAUUGUUCCUUUUAACAAUAUUUGUAUCAACUUAUGCAAAAAGAGUCACCGAAUCUUAUCUUCAUCAUGGAAAAAUAAUAAAGAUUGUAAAGGAUGUCAAAAGCGAAGAUGUAGCGAAACGAAGUGCCAGCCCAAGUAUGUGUGGAGGAGGUUGUAUGCCAGCUCAACCACAGUGCUGCCAAUCAGCAAUGCCACCACCAAUGCCUGGACCACCAGGUAUGAUGGGACCUCCAGGAUGUCCAGGAGCUCCAGGGCAGCCUGGUUGUAUGGGCCCACCAGGACCUCCAGGAUGCAUGGGUCCACCAGGACAACCAGGUUGCAAUGGUCAACCAUCAUCCGCAUCUUCGUGUCCACCAAUCUGCGUUCAUCAUUGCAUGAAAAUCUGCCCCCUACCAUGCUGCCAACCUCAACAACCUCCACAACAAAUGUGCCCUUGCCCACCACCACCCAUGCCCAUGGGAUGUGCCCCACCAUCAUGCAUGCCACCACCAGCACCUCCUCCAUCGGCAGGAUGCUGUGGUGCGCCACCAAUGGGAAUGCUGCAGAUGGGAGCACCACCAAUGGGAGGACCACCACCAAUGGGAGGACCACCACCAAUGGGAGGAGCCUUACAUAUGGAUAUGCCACAACAAAGAGCCUGUGGAUGUCCACCACCAUUGCCACCACCUGGAUGUACACAAGCAUCCUGCAUGCCACCUAUGCCACCACCUUCACCAUCUUGCUGUGGAAAGUAAAUAUGUAAAAAGAACGAACAAAACUACAUGUUUUGCCAUGUAGUUUGAAAUGGAUAACAACAAAAGAGAAUGUCUUGGAUGGAACGUUCUAAUUAGCAAACAUUAAUCAUUUGCAACAGCAAUGAAGAAAUUGUAUUUAUAUUUGAAUUUAAAAUCUGAGACACAGUGAUUUCAUUGGUCGAUUACUAUAUGAACACAACUAAUAAAACCUUAAAUAUUUUGUCACA